CCAAUUGACUUGAAUAAUAUCUUCAAUAAAUAUCUAAUUAUUUAAAUGACACAUAAAAUUAUACAAAAAAAUUGUUCCCUUUUUCUUCUUAUUUUGUUCUUCAUUUCAUUAAUCAUAAUUAAAAAAAUAUAAAAUAGAAAUUAAUAUUUUUCAGGUGGUAAUUUUCAGCAUAUGUAUUAUCCCCUUUGACAAAAAUCGUGUGGGUUGAAUUUCUUCAAUUUCAUGAUUUUAAAAUGUAUCAAUAGGGAUUAAUAGAUGUUGCCUAGAAGCUAGAGGUGUUAUAUACACACUGUUAAAAAAAAUUAAGUGUCAUAUAUACCCAUUUUGGAACUUAGGGUCUUUGCUGAGGUUUAUGUUGAGGUUUGCCCCACUACCAUUUAAGAGGUCAUGUGGAGUAACACUAAUACUAUAUAUAACAACCCAACUCACUAUUAGUUGUGUUCGUUUCAGUCCAUUAUGUCUUAUGGUUUUAGAACACAUUAAUAGACGUUAAUAAGUGUUAACUUAUAUACCCAACAUCUAUCUCAUGUUUAGUUAAUGUGAGAUUUAUUUAGAAGUGUCACAUUUCAUGUUUUGUUGACGUGAGAUUUACUUAGAAGUGUCACACUUUGUAGGAGUUUUAAUUUUUCCUCUUGUCCUUCAAGGGUUUCUCCAGUGAAGGUCAAAAGGGUUUAUCAUGUUGUGUGAGAUGGGUGCCAGUAAGGAAUUUUGUUUUCGGACUCGGACUUGGCAUGAUGAUUGACGGGGGUUGCUACGGUUUCUUUGGGCCAAGGUGUGCUUCCAGCGGAUUUGGUUGCUAUCAUCAUAUUUUGAUUGUUGGAGGUGUAGGUUACUUUGGUCGGUGCGUCACUAUGCUCUUGCUUGGCUGGUGGUGCAGUGGGUUGGGUGCUGCUUGGUUCUAGGUUCAAGGAUAGGUGCUGGUGAGAUGCUGCUUGUUUCAAUUGAUUGUAACUGUCAACAAAAGUGGUUUAUUUGUGAUGGUGGUGUUUAAUAGGGGGACAUAUUUAUGUUCCCAUUCUAUUUGAUCCUUGUUAUAACAAAGCUACCAUAGUUGU